AUGUCAUUAUUAGCUGUUGAAUCUGUAUCUAGCGUUUCUCCUAUAAAUAUUUCAGAUGCUUCCAAUAAAAAUGUUUUGGGUAAGUCUAAACUAACACGAUCUGAUGAAGUUGCUCCGUCUACCGAGGCCGCUGGCUCGGCUGAUGAUUCUUCUCGUUUGAAUAUUGGGGCCAACGUGUUAGUACCUGUUCCUCAAAAUAGUCCCAAUUCUGCUUCUUUGUAUGUUGGUGAGCUUGACCCAAGUGUAACGGAAGCUAUGUUAUUUGAGCUUUUUAAUAAUAUUGGUGCUGUUGCAAGUAUCCGUGUUUGCAGAGAUGCUGUGACUAGAAGGUCUCUUGGUUAUGCUUAUGUUAAUUUUCAUAAUUCUAGUGAUGGUGAACGUGCUUUAGAAGAGCUUAAUUAUACUUUAAUAAAAGGGAAGCCUUGUCGUAUUAUGUGGUCUCAACGUGACCCUUCUUUGAGAAAAACUGGGACAGGGAAUGUUUUUAUAAAAAAUUUGGAUUCUAGUAUUGAUAAUAAGGCACUUCAUGAUACUUUUACUGCUUUUGGAAAUAUUUUAUCUUGUAAAGUUGCUGUUGAUGAGCUUGGAAACUCUAAAGGAUAUGGUUUUGUACAUUACAAAACGUCUGAAUCUGCAGAAGCAGCUAUUAAGCAUGUUAAUGGUAUGCUUUUAAAUAACAAAAAGGUAUAUGUUGGUCAUCAUGUAUCUAAAAAGGAUCGUCAAAGUAAAUUUGAUGCUAUGAAAGCGAAUUUUACGAAUAUUUAUGUGAAAAACAUUAAUCCUGAGAUCAGUGAAGCGGAAUUUGAGGAGUUAUUUAGGAAGUUUGGGAAUGUCACUUCAUUGAGUCUUUCUGUAGAUGAAAAUGGGAAGUCUCGUGGUUUUGGAUUUGUAAAUUAUGAGAAUCAUGAGGAUGCUGCCAGGGCUGUUGGAGAAUUGCACGAUACAGAAUACAAAGAUCGUAAAUUGUAUGUUUCUAGAGCUCAGAAAAAGCAUGAGCGAGAAGAAGAACUUAAGAAGCAGUAUGAACAAGCUAAGCUAGAUAAACUCAAUAAAUAUAAUGGGAUAAAUCUCUUUGUAAAAAAUUUAGAUGAUGAUAUAGAUGAUGAGCGUCUACGGCAAGAAUUUUCUAUUUUUGGAACUAUUACUUCAGCAAAAAUCAUGGUAGAUGAUAAUGGAAAAUCCAAAGGAUUUGGAUUUGUUUGUUUUUCAUCACCAGAUGAAGCAACUAAAGCGAUAACAGAAAUGAAUCAGCGUAUGGUUUCUGGGAAACCUUUAUACGUUGCUCUUGCUCAGCGUAAAGAUGUUCGGAGAUCCCAGCUAGAGUCGCAAAUAAAUGCUCGUAAUCAACUUAGAAUGCAACAACAGGCAGCAGCAGCAGGAAUGCCUCCACAAUACGGAAUAGCAGGUGCUCCUAUGUUUUAUGGACAGGGCCCUGGUUUUAUGCCUGCUGGCCCUGUAACUGAUAGAGGUAUACCAUUUCCGCAGCCUGGCAUAGUAUCAUCUAGACCACGAUGGGUUCCUCAACAGGCUGGGCAACCUAAUGGACAAGCUAUUCCUCAAAUGUAUUCUGGUAUGUCUGGAUAUAAUGCUUAUCUUACAAUGCAAGGAAGGCCUCAAAGGUCCGGGCAAAUUUCUCGUUCUCCUCAAGGUCUUCCAUCUCGUCCAAUAAUGUCUAUGGGUAUGCGCCCUGCACCAGCAGGUGCAAGAGUGUAUAGAAUUGGCUCCAAUAUUAGAAAUGGAACGAGGGAUGGUAUUGAUGUUGGAAAUGAUAACCAACUUACCGCUGCUGCUUUAGCUGCUGCUUCUCCUGAGAAUCAGAAACAGAUGUUAGGGGAAGCUCUUUAUCCUAAGGUUCAAGCACAAGAAGUCAAUUUUGCUGGGAAAAUAACUGGAAUGUUAUUAGAAAUGGAUAAUUCUGAAUUAUUGCAUUUAAUUGAAGAUGAUGUUGCAUUACGUGCUAAAGUGGAAGAAGCUUUAAUUGUUUUGAAAGAAUAUCAAAAAGAUUAUAGUGUUCAGGAUCAAACAAUUGAGAUUAAUACAUAAUAAAUCAUGAAAACGCUAUGAAUCUUAGAUAAUAAAAAAUGCA